UUGCCUACAUGAAUGAGGUGAUCGCCAAUCGGAAACUAAGUACAAGUUUUCCAAUCACAACACUCGCACUCGUCUUCUUAUCUACCAACAAGACCUCCAAUCCCUUCAAUCCUCCGCAUUUGACUGUCCAAACCAUGCGUCCCGGACGUGUCUGACCAGUAGCCUCGCCCUUUCUUAAGCUGUGUUCAAGUCAUUCCACCGCAUGACAAGGCCUUCAAGCAACCAGCACUAUGAAUAACAACGCCAGAAACUCCGGCGUGGGCCAGUUUGCUAGCUCUCAGACCAACGGACUCGAGGAUCAACUACGAAACAUGAUUCUCACGAAUGGUACCCCAGCUACCGGCCAGCCUCAGGUCCAAGAUGCCCCGCGAACGAGCGCGCACUUUCCUGGCGAUGGGAUUCCGAUGAACGGACCAAACGAUCUUCUUCAGCCCCAGAGAGACCUUCCCGGAGCUUCGGCUGGGGUCAAUGGAAAGCCACCUUCGCCCAAAGUGGGCAGAAAGCGACUCAACCAGGCGCAGAGACGACAGAUGAAUGCUCAGCUGUCCAUUCCCAUUGACACUCGCCCCUCCCCGCCCACCGAGGUUUUACGAACCCAAGCAGGCUGGCCUUCUCCUUCUUACCCUCAUGAGCACCCCAGAUUCCCGUCUCAUGGGCGACCCGUCAAGACGUAUCAUAACCCAGACCUGCACCAUAGACCGGCUCACCUUGCAGGCGGCAUGUCACCUCGCUCUCCCAGACAGAACGGACACCGACUUCUCGCCAACUCUGACCGAUACCAGCAUGACCAGAACGCAAGUGGUCAACAAGAGCACGGUUCACCGCGCUUUCCACGUAACAACCAUGGUCAGCUCUAUAGCCCCCGUGGCCAACACCAUCCAGUCCGGCCCGAGGAGCUGGAAAACCAGGCCUCCUACCUGGAAAGCCUCUGCAGCACUCUUGUUGCUGGCGCAGAGAUCGAAAGAGGAGAGAUUGCCGAGAAGGAAGCCUUUCGAGUCAAAAUUGAACAAGUUUGCCAGGCCGCAGUUGCCGAAUAUGAGGCAACACAAAACGGUCUAGAAAACUUUCCCCCACCGUCUGUGCAACUCAAAUGCUUCGGCAGCCUGUCUUCUGGAUUCGCAACGAAAGCCUCAGAUAUGGAUCUUGGUCUGGUCUCGCCUCUUUCUACCCCUCAACCGGAUGAGUCGGGCUCCGCGAUACCCAGACUCAUCGAGAAGGCUUUCCUCGAAAUCGGUCUCGGCGCACGCCUACUGACCCGCACAAGAGUACCAAUCAUCAAACUCUGUCAGAAUCCUCCCGCAAAGCUUCUCAAGGCUCUUCUGGAGGAGCGUGAAAAGUGGGAGAAGGGCAUCGUGGAUCCCGAUCAUGCGGAUGCCGCAGACGACGAUGAGACGGGUGAUACUCACAUCAAGGAAUUGACGGAUGAAACGAUUGACGACCCAAACAACCCGAAGACGGACGGGUUGUCACCCACAGGCUCCAGUUCAAACGAGCCCAGAGUGCCGGCCAUUUAUCAGCCUGAGAACCAGUCUCUGUCCGCUUACUACAAUGCGGCGAAGCGGACAUUGAGAAGGUUGGGAGGUCGAGAUAUCACUCUCUCCAACUGUCGCGAGCUGGUAGAGGAGGACUACGACUUACUCAACAAUGUUUGCGAGGCGUUUCUGAAAGGCCUCUGCGAAGUGCCGCUGAGAAGAAGACUCUCGAACAACUACGUGUCUCUAUCUUUCAAGACACUUCCCAAUGCUCCCAACUACCGAUCCCUGGCUGGCGUGUAUGCUCAGAUGGAAGGCGAGAGGAUCGUUAUGCUUUGCGAGAGAGAAGCUGAAAGCGGGAGCAUAGACGACACCGAUGAUGCAACUCGGAAUCUGAUCGCCUCUUGGAAGACUCUCCAGAACCAGCCGCACUUUGGCGUCGAGCCACUCACGUACAGCAAGCAUCUGCAACUGCACCUGGAGAAGCUCAAAAAGCUCCCCAUCGCGCAGCUGCUCACUCUCGAACAGAGCCAGUUUGAAGCAGCUUCCGGGUAUCACGCGAGAACCCUCAAGAUCCUCGCGCACCUCCGCCCCCGGGGCGAUCCUGAAGCGGCGGCCGCCAGACAACUCACCAUUGACAGAUACGCAGCCGGCAUCUGGCCAAGCACCACUCGCAAGAGCGUACGCGAUUUCAUCGACACCACCAACCAACCACUCAGCCUGCUCACUGUCGCCCGCCGCCACAAGAGUCUGCAACUCGCCCUCGAACUCGAAAAGGCCGUCGACCAGCGCCUGUACGACCCGAGCAUCGAGAACAACAUAAGAGAAUACAUCUCGAUCCUCCGCGGUCCCAUGCGGAAGAGCAUCGCCCACGACCCCCAGUACGACUUCGUCAUCCCCGUCACCAAGCAAAACAUGGAGACCAUCAAGCGCAUGCGCGACCUCAAGGACCCGGCCAAAAUGACAAUCAACCAACCCCGCGACCCCUACCGCGACAAGCUCGAGUUCCCCAAGAACGGCGUCGGCGUCCAAUGCGAUAUCAACUUCGCCGCCCACCUCGCGCUGCAUAACACCCUCCUCCUCCGCUGCUACUCCCACACCGACCCCCGCGUCCGUCCGCUCGUCCUCUUCGUCAAACACUGGGCCAAAGUCCGCGGCGUAAACACCCCCUACCGCGGCACCCUCAGCAGCUACGGCUACGUCCUGAUGAUGCUACACUAUCUCGUCAACGUAGUCCAGCCCUUCGUCUGCCCCAACCUCCAAGCCCUCGGUCCGCCACCCCCUCCCCCCGAAGGCCUGCCCCCCAACUCUCCGGCGCUACUCGACGAGAAUAUCAUCUGCCGCGGCCGUUUCGUCGGCUUCUGGCGCGACGAGGCCGAGAUCCUCCGCCUCGCGCAGAUGAACCAGCUAAACGGCAACCGUGAUUCUGUUGGCCAGCUCCUCCGCGGCUUCUUCGAGUACUACGCCCAAAACGGCUCCAUGAGCACAUACCCAGGCCGGGGCUACGACUGGGGCCGCGAUGUCCUCAGCAUCCGGUCCCCGGGCGGCCUGCUCUCCAAGACGGAAAAGGGCUGGACGGGCGCCAAGACGGUCAUCGAGUACCGCCCCAACGCAAACGCCGCCGUCAACUCCCCCAGCACCGACGGUCCUCCCCCCGGACUGCAGGGACAACACAUGACCCUGAGAUCACCCAUUGACCCGCCUACCCCAACGACGAUGACGACCACCAGCGGCACCAUGAACACCACCGAUAGCAGCGCGUCAGCGGCACUGUCAGCGGCAGCGCAGAAGAAUGGCGAAGUCAAGGAAGUCCGGCACCGCUACCUCUUUGCCAUCGAAGAUCCCUUUGAGCUAGAUCACAACGUCGCCCGCACGGUCACGCAUAACGGCAUCGUCGCCAUCCGUGACGAAUUCCGCCGGGCGUGGCGCAUCAUCAAGGCCGCUGGCUCCGGGAACUUUGGCGAGGAGCUGCUCCAGGAUGUGGCGGCUGUCAAGGAAGAGGGCGAGAAGAGCACGUAUUUGCAGCUGUUGGACGAGAUUCACGGGUGGGAAUUGUUUGAGUAGGUUGGGCUUUGCUGUGUUGAGAUGUGUUGCAUGAAUCUGAGAUUGAGUGUUCUGAAGUCCCGCCUAGGGCGUCACGUAGGACAGGAAGAGAGAAAAAGUAUGUGCUCAUGGGACGACGUCACGAAGUAAAAGGCAAA